AUGUCGCUACCAUCGCCUACUGGAAGUCCAUCAAGGCAUAUCACUGUUGUCGACGUUUAUGAUCUGGCCGCAUCUGUUGGUAAAGAUUUUGAGAAACUAAUCGAACAGUUUGGCGAUGAAAGUGUACGACAAAUUAUGCCAAAAGUUAUAUCUGCUCUAGAGACUUUAGAAGCUCUCGCUAAUAAAAAUGAAAGGGAAAAUGAUGAGAUUCUUACAUUAAGACAAACUGUUGAAAGGCUAGAACAUGAGAAGCACGCAAAAAACCAAGAUCGUUUAAAGUUUGAAAUGGAGUUGGAAGCCGUCGAAGAAAAUUAUCGGAAAGAAAUUGACGAUCUUUGGAAAAUGGUUAAAAGUUUACAAGCUGAAAACCGACAGUUGAGUAGUAGCGUGAAAGAAAAUGCAUCAAAUAUACUUUCUUCCGCUCCUCGAGACGAAGAUCUGGUUGUCAUGAUCGAACUGAAGGAGCUGUCAAAUAAGCAGAAGGAACAGAUAAAAGAAUUACAAAAAGACGUUGAUGCAUACUCAUGUGAAGUGGAAAAUCUUCACAAUAGUAUUGAGAAACUGAUCAGACAGAACGAGGAACUGUUACGUAAAAAUGCUUCACUACAAAAGCAGGGCCGUAUGCUCGUAGAAGAGAAAAGCGAAAUUAUACGGCGGUUACAAAGCGCUGAGGAAUCUAACUUCAAAUUAGCCAAACUAUUUAAGGAUGCGACACGCCAGUGCAAGGAUUUGCAGGAGAUACAUUUUGAAGAAAAUGACAAUUCGCCUCACUUUUCUGUGGCGGAAUUACGAGAGGUUUUACAAGAAAAAAAUAUGCUGAAGGGCCGAGUAAUGGAGCUUGAAGAAGAGCUAGAGCAAUUGAGACCUCGAAAUUCUGAAAAUGCUUCAGACAGCGCGGAAGAAGUUAACCCAGCAACACAAAUUUCGAGGUUUUUGAUUUUUACGAGCUAUAAUUUUGACGUGAACAAUAGGGAGGUUUAUGCUGGAAGCAUUUGUAAGAAUUCCUAUUUUAGCAAGUCAGAAGAUGACGAAUGCGUCGUUUAUGGUCCAAUUAAUAAGGAACCUGAUGAAAAGUUGUACCCGUGGAAAUACGAAAGGAAAGACAGUGGUGUUAGAAGAUUCUUCCGAUUUGUCAAGGAAGGUUUAAAUGGAGGAAAUCGUAGUCCUCAGCGUGGUUCUUCUGCAAGUCCAGUAAUGCCACGACCUAUUCCUUCUCGAGCUAGCCCGCUAUUGCAGUAG